AUCAUUAGUUCAUAAAUGCAACCUCACUCAUAUGAUUUGUUGAUAGGUGCAGGUUUUACAGUUUUACACGUGCAUGGUUUUUACUCUGAGACUCUAUCUAUAAAUAGAGCUUCUUGCGAGUCAUUCUUAUCGCAAGUGUAAAGCAAGGUUUUAGAGUUUUGAUAUAGUUAAAGAUGGGAGGUUUUCACAAGUAUGUUGGAGUAUUUGUUGUUGUAUUUGUGUUGGUGAUAGGAGUUUCUGAAUGCCGGAAAAUAAAGAAACAGGACUUUGGUGAUAACUUUGGUGGUGUAGGUGGGGGUUCAGGACAAGGUUUUGGUGGAGGUUUUGGAGGUGGUAAUGGUGGAGGUGGUGGUGGUUUUGGAGGAGGUGGUGGAGGUGGUAGUGGGGGUGGUUUAGGAGGAGGAAGUGGAAGUGGUUUUGGUGGAGGGUUUGGAAGUGGUGGUGGUGACGGAAAUGGUGGAGGUGGUGGAGGUUCUGGGGGUGGUGGUGGAGGUGGUAAUGGUGGUAGUGUAGGGGGAGGAAGAGGUAGAGGUGUUGGCCAUGGUAGAGGAAUUGGUGGAGGUGCUGGUCAUGGUAGUGGAUUUGGAGGUGGAGUUGGUAGAGGUAGAGGUGGUGGUGGUGGUGGUGCAGGUGGAGGGUUUGGAGGUGGAGGUGGAAGAGGUGUUGGAGGUGGAUCUGGCAGAGGUGCUGGUGGAGGCUUUGGAGGUGGAUCCGGCAAAGGUGGCGGAGGCUUUGGAGGUGGAGCUGGUGGAGGUUCUGGAGGUGGAGGUCUUGAUGGAGGCUUUGGAAGUGGUGGUGGUUUUGGAUUCGGCUUUGGUGGUGGUUUUGGAGGUGGUGCAGGUGGAGGAGGUGGCGCAGGUGGAGGAGGUGGCGGUGGUAAAGUUUAAAUUUAACUAUUUUUAAUGUUAUUAUGGAACGGAGAGUUAAAAUUGUAUGCGAAGAAAAAGUGAGAAGAGAGAAUAAUGGGAAAAAUAAAGUGGAUUUGAAGUAUUAUUUAGAAUAAAUGCAAAAGAUGAGAAAUUGAAAAAAACGUUUAUUGUUUUUAAAUAUUUAAAAUUUUCUUUGAAAUAAAAAAUCUUGUUGUAAAACUACUUUGUUUUUUUAUUUUAGUUCAGUUAAUGGAUUGAUUAACUUAACUAUGUUACUGUAUUAUAUAAUCAAUAUUUUCAAUUGUUUAAGAUAACUUAUUUAAAAAUUAUUUUAAUGAGCC